UGUCGUCUCAAAUGACAAAAAACUGUCCACCUUUUUAGAAUAGUGUAAAUAAUAUUAACUAUAUCAUAAAAAUUUGUUAUUUAUUUCUUUUUGUCAUUUUGACAGUUUAAAUUAAUUAUAUAAAUAAGUUUAUCAUGAUUAAUUAUUUAUGAAAGUAUAAUAAUAUUUAUAAAAAUUUAAAUCAAUAAUGUUGAGAAAAGUAUGCAAUCGGUAGCUAACCUAAAAACUCAAUCUCUUUUUACAAGCGUGUAUAUAAAGUACUUAAAAUAAAUAAAUUUAUUUAUUUUUUAAAUUUGAAAAUUAAAUUUAGUAAAUUAUUAAUUGUGAUGGGCGAAAAUAAACCAGUUGGUAUAAAACCUUUUAUAUAUGGGGGCUUAGCUUCAAUUAUUGCUGAAUUAGGUACAUUCCCAUUAGACACAACAAAAACUCGAUUACAAAUUCAAGGGCAAAAACUUGAUAAGACACAUGCUAAUUUAAAAUAUUCUGGUAUGGUUGAUGCAUUAUUGCAAAUGGUCAAACAUGAAGGGUUCCGUUCAUUAUAUUGUGGGAUCAGUUCGGCAAUUUUAAGACAAGCGACUUAUGGAACAAUAAAAUUUGGAACAUACUAUACGCUUAAACAAAUGGCAGCAGACAAAUGGGGAACUGAUAAGUUAGUUCUUAUAAAUGUUAUUUGUGCAGCAAUAGCAGGCUCGAUAUCCAGCGCUAUUGCUAAUCCAACUGAUGUGGUGAAAGUUCGUAUGCAAGUGAAUGGUAAUCAGCGAAAUCUAUCUUUAUACGGUUGCUUCCAUGAUGUAUACCGGCAUGAAGGUGUACGCGGUUUAUGGAGGGGAGUUGGACCUACUGCUCAAAGAGCAGCAAUUAUUGCGGCGGUGGAAUUGCCCAUUUAUGACUUAACAAAGUUUUGGUUGAUACCUCAUAUUGGUGAUUCUGUCAGCAAUCACUUUCUUUCGAGUUUCACAGCCAGUACAGCAAGUGCGAUAGCUUCAACACCCAUUGAUGUUAUUCGAACACGACUAAUGAAUCAAAGACGAUCACGUAAAACCAUUGAAACAUCACCUCAUAUAUAUAAAGGCAGUAUAGAUUGUUUUAUAAAGACAUGUAAAAAUGAAGGUUUUUUCGCACUAUACAAAGGUUUUGUGCCAACAUUUUUACGAAUGGGUCCGUGGAAUAUUAUAUUUUUUAUAACUUACGAACAAUUAAAAAAAUUGCCACUGUUUUGAAAUAAAAAAUUAAAAAACAAAUUGUACCUGUAUAGAUAGAAAAAUUAUAUAAUUAAGUUUUAAAUUAAUAAACUAUUCUUUAAUGCGAUACUU